AUGGGUAAGGAGGAGAAGACUCAUAUUAACGUCGUGGUCAUCGGCCACGUCGACUCCGGAAAGUCGACCACCACCGGUCACUUGAUCUACAAGUGCGGUGGUAUUGACUCCCGUACCAUUGAGAAGUUCGAGAAGGAAGCCAACGAACUCGGCAAGGGUUCCUUCAAGUACGCUUGGGUCUUGGACAAGCUGAAGGCUGAGCGUGAGCGUGGUAUCACCAUCGACAUUGCCCUCUGGAAGUUCCAGACCCCCAAGUAUGAGGUCACUGUCAUUGACGCCCCUGGUCACCGUGACUUCAUCAAGAACAUGAUCACUGGUACCUCCCAGGCCGACUGCGCUAUCCUCAUCAUUGCCUCCGGUACUGGUGAGUUCGAGGCUGGUAUCUCCAAGGAUGGCCAGACUCGUGAGCACGCUCUGCUUGCCUUCACCCUCGGUGUCAGGCAGCUCAUCGUUGCUCUCAACAAGAUGGACACCUGCAACUGGUCUCAGGACCGUUACAACGAAAUCGUCAAGGAGACCUCCAACUUCAUCAAGAAGGUCGGCUACAACCCCAAGGCCGUUCCCUUCGUCCCCAUCUCCGGCUUCAACGGCGACAACAUGCUGGAGCCCUCCGACAAGUGCCCGUGGUACAAGGGCUGGGAGAAGGAGACCAAGGGUGGUAAGGUCACCGGUAAGACCCUGCUCGAGGCCAUCGACGCCAUCGAGCCCCCGGUCCGCCCGGCCAACAAGCCCCUCCGUCUGCCCCUCCAGGAUGUCUACAAGAUCGGUGGUAUUGGAACUGUCCCCGUCGGCCGUGUCGAGACCGGUACCAUCGCACCCGGUAUGGUCGUCACCUUCGCUCCCAACAACGUCACCACUGAAGUCAAGUCCGUUGAGAUGCACCACCAGCAGCUCAAGGAGGGUCAGCCUGGUGACAACGUUGGUUUCAACGUGAAGAACGUCUCCGUCAAGGAAAUCCGCCGUGGUAACGUCUGCGGUGACUCCAAGAACGACCCCCCGUCGGGCGUCGACUCCUUCAACGCCCAGGUCAUCAUCCUCAACCACCCCGGUCAGGUCGGUGCUGGUUACGCUCCUGUCCUGGACUGCCACACCGCCCACAUUGCCUGCAAGUUCGCUGAGCUGCUCGAGAAGAUCGACCGCCGUACCGGCAAGUCGGUCGAAGAGAACCCCAAGUUCCUCAAGUCCGGUGACGCCGCCAUCGUCAAGCUGGUUCCUUCCAAGCCCAUGUGCGUUGAGUCCUUCACCGACUACCCGCCUCUGGGCCGUUUCGCCGUCCGUGACAUGCGCCAGACCGUCGCUGUCGGUGUCGUGAAGUCCGUUGAGAAGUCCAAGGGUGGUGCUGGUAAGGUCACCAAGGCCGCCCAGAAGGCCUCCAAGAAAUAA